AUGAAGAUGGGUGAAUUGCAGAUCCACAAACAAAAUGUGUGGCUAAUUGCAGGGUGCGCCACAACUAGCCGCCCCCGCGCCCAGCUCGCACAAUCCUAGUGCGGUUACCUCCCGCAGACGUCAUGCCAAACUAAACUUUACCGAUUCCCAGUUCUUCCUUCACCUUUUCUUACAGUCAUCGCACCACUUCUCAUCCAACAAAACUUCGGCUAGACUCCUCAUUCAACUCGUCCCUACGGCGUUUACUUCGGCCCUAAGCUCCUUCAAUUUAUCACAUUACAUCCCGCUUAAAACAUCCCAUACUCCGGCAUUGAAUACACGGCAGCGGGGCAAUUCGCACCAGGUAGCCCGAGGGGGCUGAAGUCUAUCUAGACUGGCUAAUUACCCUCCCCGAUAUAUUUCCCCGCUGAGAAUCUGAAUCGCAUUUAAACCGAACUGCCGGUCGCAGGAUCUCAGAUCGGAAUGUUGGAAGGAUUGGUAUGUUAACUGUCUCGAGUGGGAUUCGGUCGGGUUUCGCUUACCUUGUGGCCAGAUUGCGACGCUAAUGAAUCGGUUCUUGGGGAUGUACGGCGAUAUUUGAUCCUGAAUUGUGUUUUGAUUUACUGACCACCGUGAUUAGGUACAUCAAGAACUUUGACAGUAAACAGCUAAACGUUGGCAUUUGGAGGUUGGUUCACCUAAUGGCUAAUCCGAAUCUUAGCUGACAUUUUGGUCCUACCUAGUGGCGAUGUGCGAUUACGGAACCUCGAGCUGAAGAAAGAGGUAAUUCCUAUCGACACCACCCACGAACCAUGGGACAAUUUCUUACUAUUUUUUCAGGCCUUGGACCAGAUGAAGCUCCCCUUAAAUGUCAUGGAAGGACAUCUGGGACAACUUACGCUACAGUGAGCCCGAUGUGUCUAUCAAGAAAGCCGAUCCACAGCUGAUAAAAUCACAGAAUACCCUGGAGUAAUCUGAAAGGCAGGCCAGUGAAAGUGAUUAUCGAGGACGUCUAUCUACUAGCGAACCCAAAGGCCGAUCAGGAGGUGAGAGCGCUACCCUUAGAUCCCCUACCCGUACUGCUAUCUCUGCGGCGCUUACCUUUCAUGGCAUAGUAUGACGAAGAGGAAGAGCAACGGCGGAAACAAGCGGUCAAACAAGAGAAGCUUCAAAAUGCCGAGCUACUUCAAGACAGACACCCGGAAGGGCUUUCGCCGGAGGAGCUACAAAAAAACCAGAGCUUCACAAACAGUCUGGUCACCAAAGUAAGAAUCAAAUAGCCAACAUCUGCUUAAUAUUCCAUACUAACUGGGGGCAAAAAGAUCCUAGAUAAUCUCCAAAUCACGGUGAAAAAUAUCCAUAUCCGAUACGAGGACUCACUUAGUACUCCAGGGGUAUAUACCAGGUAUCCCACUACAAUUUACUAAAUUUGAAUGCUGACUUUGAUAGCAUCCGUUCUCUCUCGGUUUCACGCUCGAGGAGUUCUCUGCUGUCUCGACCAACGAAAAUUGGGAACCUAACUUUAUCCAGGAUAACGUUUCUGUUACCCACAAGCUCGCCAAGUUGGGCUCGUUAGCCAUUUAUUGGAAUACAGACUCCGAGCAUUUUGGUGGUCGCCUCAAUACCCAUGCAACAAUGGUAGAAGAUUUCAAGGGUCUUAUAGCGUCUGAAGCCAAUGUACCCUUCGGCCACCAGUUUGUGCUGAAGCCUGUAAGCGGAACUGGCCAUAUUGAAAUCAACAAAACCGGUAGAGCAGAUGUUCCCAAGAUGAUAGCCCGAAUGAUAUUUGACGAAAUUGGUUUUAUUCUUGAUGAGGACCAAUAUAGAGACGCACUUAUGAUGGUUGACAAUUUUCACUUUUACCUGCGCCAUCAAAAAUACAAGAGGUAUCAGCCAAAGGGAAAGUCUCCAAAGGAGGACCCAAGGGCAUGGUUUCUUUUCGCCGGCAACGCCGUUCUGAGCCAAAUACACAAAAAAAAUAAGAAAUGGUCUUGGGAUUACUUCCGUGAGAGGAGAGACGACAGGAAGCGGUAUAUCGAAUUGUUUAAGCAACUGAAGCAGCAGGAGCAAUUACCAGCAUCCGAGACGGAUGAGUUGAAGGACCUCGAACGGAAGCUGUCAUACGAGGAUUUAAGAUUCUAUCGAUCCCUUGUUAGAAAUCAGUUGCGGAAGGAGCGUGCGUUGGUCAAAAAUUCGGAGCAUCAGCAAGCGCAGGGAUGGGUUUCAUGGAUAUGGGGCUCUUCUCAGAAGAAAGAGGAAGAACAUAGUACCGUCAUAACCGACCAGCAACGGAAAGAGCUUUAUGAAGCGAUUGAUUGGGAUGAGAAGAAGGCUAUAGCAGAAUCCAUAGACCUUCCGCGGGAUUCGGUUAAAAUGCAGAUUGAGGCGAGUCUAAGAACCGGAAGCUUCACCCUCAAGAGAGACCCCCAUGGAGAGGGAACAGAAAUACUUGCGCUUCUGUUCGACACAUUUAAGUCAAGGGUCUUGCAACGUCCAGAUUCCUUUUACGGUGAACUUAGUCUUGGAGGAUUAAGAGUCUACGAUGGUACAACCAAGGGAUCCUUAUAUCCCCAGAUUGUAAGAGUCAAGGAUGUAGUCCCCGCACUCGGGCUUGAGGAAUUAGACGACGAUGACGAAAACAUCACGAUGGAGCCCGACCCCGGCGGACCGUUUUUUCAGGCUUCUUUUGAGCGUAAUCCUCUAGAUGAAAGUGCUGAUUCAGCGGUUACUAUGAAGAUGAGGAGCAUGGAAAUUAUCUACAACCCUGUAUGCGUGGAGGAGAUUUACAACUUUUUUAAGCCUCCGGAGCGGCAUAUGGAGAGUAUAGGUGCUCUAAUGGAAUCAGCUGGUGCUACUGUGGAAGGUAUCCGACAACAAACACGGGCAGGGCUAGAGUUCGCCUUGGAAGAGCACAAGACACUUAACGCCAAGUUAGAUCUGCAAGCACCUCUGAUUAUUGUACCUGAAAGUAUUUGCGAAGAGAUGUCGAACUGCUUAAUCCUUGACGCUGGACAUGUUAGCCUAACCAGCGACCUAGUAAAGAAGGCGGAUAUCAGAGCAAUACAUUCCAAACAGAGGCUGAAGUAUAGUCAAGAGGAUCAGGAAAAGCUAGAGUCUCUGAUGUAUGACAAGUUUUCCUUGAAAUUAGAAUCAACGCAGGUUCGUGCCUACUGCCCUGAAAUUCGAAUCAUUCUUCAUGAUCUAAUUGUAAAACAAGGUUCUCAUUGGGCCCUCUGUGGAAGAAACAAAGCUACAGUUACGAGCAAAGUCCGACAGAAAGCAUCUUCACAUUGUUGAUCGGAUCAAUAUCAAUUUCACAGUUGAUAUAUCUAUCCUCCCUAAAGCAUCGAACCUUUCAAAGUUCCGAAUGUCAGGUCAUCUUCCCGUCCUUCAUGCUUCUUUAUCGGACAAAAAAUACAAAGCGUUGAUGAAAAUAAUUGAUAUGGCAAUCCCGAAACUAGGCCAAGGAUCAACAAAUCCUGAAAAGCUACUACGCAAACCUACCCAGGAGUGGAAAUCUAAGUCCAUGCCUGACCAAGCCCGUCCCACCCCCUUUCAGUUCUCAUCAAAACAAGAAUUGGUGCUUCAGGAUGACAGUGAUGGUGAAGAUGAGACAGAUGAGCGUUUUGAGGAAGCAUCUGAUGGGAUGCCGAAUAGUUCGCCUACUCUUAACCAGAGAAUAUUCGAGCUCAAGUUUACUGUGGGGGAGCUACGGGGAUCUCUAUUCCGGGCGGAUCCAGAUGGGAAGAACCCCGAUAAGCAGCUAGUUCUCCUAGUUGCCGAACACUUUGCCCUAGAUUUCUACGUCAGGCCUUUUGACAUGGCUGCAGAAGUAGUUCUAAAGUCCUUAAAUGUCGAAGAUCUGAUAGAUGACGAUCCGUCCACUACUUUCAAGCGAAUUGUCACCUCUGAUGCGCUCCAAGAGCAAUCAAAUGACAACCCCCUCUUCCUCGUCAAGUACGUGAAGGUAAAACGGGAGUCCCCAGAAUUUAUGACAGUUUAUGAGGCCAUCGAGACAAACGUGGAUGUUUCCAUAUCUACAAUUAAUGUUGUGGUAACCAGAAAGACAGUUUUAACGCUUCUUGAUUUUGUUAUCACAACAUUUACAAAUCCCGGCAAUAAUCGAGCCAGAACCGCGGCCAAGCCCCUCGAAGACGUUACAGAAGAUCCCAGGGAGAGAGUGUCGGACCUAAGUGUUUCCAAUGACCCCCCAGAGGCCGAUAAAAUCCGUGUCAAGAUCAACUUGGAUAGUAUAGGCCUCAUCCUCAAUAAUGACGGUAUACGCUUAGCGACCCUUCGCCUUGCGAGUGCAGACGUUGGUAUUUUCUUCAUGGGGAAAACUAUGCGGAUCGGAGCGCGGCUUGGAAACUUUUCACUGUUUGACGAUAUUAACGAAGGCGCCGAAGGAAACUCGCCCUUGCGGCAACUUGUUACUAUUCAGGGUGACGAACUAGCAGAUUUCCGAUAUGAAACAUUUGAUCCUGAAGCAAUCCAAUCAUAUCCUGGCUACAACUCCUCAAUCUACCUCCGUUCGGAUUCCAUUAAAGUCAACUUCGUGGAAGAACCCUUCCGGAAGAUUAUUGACUUCGCCGUUAAAUUCGGAAAGAUGCAAGCCCUUUUUAAUGCUGCACGUCAAGCUGCCAUGAAUCAAGCUAGCCAAAUGCAAGAAAAUGCAAAUCAAAUCCACUUUGAUAUCUUAGUCCGAACUCCUAUUCUAGUCUUUCCGAGAACCAAUUCCGUUCGCCAUGCAGAGCGGGACCUCCUCACAGCAUACCUCGGAGAGCUCUACGCACAAAAUAAUUUUGUUCCCCUUGAUAGUUCAGGAAAUUCCUCUAUAGCGAAUAAAAUCACUGCCGGAAUCCGUAAGACGCGCCUAACGUCCGAUUUCUACUUUAACCAAGGCCAAAGGGAGGAGCUUGAGCUUUUGGACAAACUAGAUAUAUCUUUUGCGGUUACAUAUCUCGAGCACAUCUGUAAUGCCGAGCGACCAGAUCUCGAGGUAAGAUUUAACCCUGCGCUUUCAGAUAUCAGCUAAUUUUCCUAGAUCAAGGGUUCAAUGUCCGACCUCAAUCUCAAAUUGACCCAAACGCAGUUCAAGUUUCUGCUAGAACUCUCCCGAUCUAUUCCGACGGUCUUUGCAGGUGAUCCCGAUGAAGUAAUCGUCGAACAGUUGCCACCGAAAAGCGUUGGUCCAGCAAAAAAGGAAAUCCAACACACGAGCGAGGAGUUAACCCAGGUCGUACAUUUGAACCCAGAACUAGGCGCCGCCUCGGAUACUUGGACCAAGGUGGACAUGGUCUUUAGUGUAGGGAGCAUAGCCCUAGAAUUGUUCACUGCUGACCCGGACAAUCCUGUUGGCGACCUUGAAGCUGCAAGCUUAUCCAGAGCUUCGCUGAGCAAUACUAAUGUCAAGCUUCGAAUGAUCAGUGAUGGCUCUAUUGAAUCAGAGCUCCUAAUCGACUCCUUCGAUAUCAGAGACAGCCGGCUCCAGGAAACCAAUAAGUUCCGCAAUAUCAUGUCGUCUACCAAUGAUCAUGGGUCACAAUUUAUGGCCAGCGUUACGAUUUCAGGUGGUGCAGAGCGAAACUUUGUGGCACUUCUAACGAUUGAUAGCCCCAGGGUUAUUUUUGCCCUGGAUUACAUCUUUGCCCUCCGGAUCUUUGUGAUGUCGGCACUAGAAACUGAGGAGGAUCCAGUAGUAGAAGCGUCAGCAGAGAGCUCCGAGAGUGAAGAUGAUCUUAGCGAGAGAAGCACCCGCCUCGGGUUAGGUUCGCUUAGCAAGACAGAUCGUUCGUCCAGAUCCACAGACCCUAGGGGCCCUAGGCCAGAUGAUAAAGUCAAGGAAACCAAUGAGGGAAUAUCCAUUUCCUUCCAAGUUAAUGUCGUCGAUUCUCAAGUCAUCCUCAUUGCCAACCCCGGAAUGAGCCACUCAGAGGCUAUUGUCCUAAGCACAAAGCAGAUUUUGGUUUCGCAGCAACACGCUCUAACCCUUCAAGUUGAGGAAGUGGGAAUGUUCUUGUGCCGGAUGGAUAAGUUCGACACCAGCCGUCUCCGUAUCUUGGACGACUUUGCAAUAACCGGAUCCAUGGACAAUCGGUCAAUUGGCUUGAAUCAGUCCAUCCAGAGCAUCCGGAUUGACGUUGACCCCUUAGUCCUACGAGUAUCCUUACGCGAUAUCCUCCUAGCGACCCAAAUAUUCAAUAAGGCGUCGGAAAUGUCUUCACCCAGCAAAGGCAAGCUCGAGAUAGAAGGUGAGGCCAAGCGUAUCGGUACCUCAAAGGUGUCGGGGAAAUCUCUCAAGCGAAGAACUGCUAGCGGGAAAGAACCUUCAACUGCCGCACAAGGCGCAAAAUCUUUUGCUACUGCUAGGAGUUGGACAUCCCAAGGUCAACAAGGCUCUGGGCGGCAACCCUCUUCGACAAUUGUGAAGCGGGAAGAGUUGGCUGCCAAUUUUGCUGGGAUGCGAGUAAUACUGAUCGGAGACCAGCAUGAACUACCAUUAUUGGACUUGAGCCUAAAGCAUUUCAAUGCCCGAGUAAAAGAUUGGUCCGGACAGGUACGUCAUUCAUUCACGAUCUACCGCCCAUCACUAAACAUGUUUUGCAGCUGGAUGCGGAUACAAAUAUCGAGUUGUUCAUGAACAUCUACAACUUUUCGAAAUCUGCUUGGGAACCAUUGAUUGAACCAUGGCAAUUGGGCUUUCACGUAAGACUACUGAUGGAUCACCCAAUAAAGUUUUUUUCUAAGUGCUAUUAGAUGUCGCGCUCGGUUCAGCCAGAGAAACUCUCAAUCGACCUUUACUCUCGAAAGAUGUUAGAAUUGACCAUCACGUCUCAGACAAUAGCUUUAGCUUCCAGGGCAUCACAGUUCAUGCAGCAAAACGAAGAUAUACUGACAAAACCUCGCGGCGCUGACUCCCCCUACCGGAUUCGCAACCAGACCGGGUUCCCUUUGCAUGUAUGGGCUGCUUCCGACCCACUUCUAGGAGAUUCAAUGGCAGUUAAGCUCGAAGAUGGUGAUCAAGUACCUUGGAGAUUUGAAGAGUGGGAGAAGAUGCGGGAAAACCUGAGCCCCGACGGAUCCAGCGGCAUUGUAGGCAUCAAACUUGAAAAUUCAGGUUUCGAGAGCAUUACCGAAAUACCCGUGAAUAAGGAAGGCGAAACGCUUUACACACUUCGCCCGCCAAAAGAUAAUACCCUCCACCGUCUACUAUGCGAGGUACAUCUUGGGACAGAUAAUGUCAAGUACAUCACCUUCAGGUCACCUCUUACCAUCGAGAACAACACUCAAAUUCCCGUAGAGAUUGGUGUCUUAGACAUCGAAGGUCAGAACAUUGUCAGGGUUUAUAAAAUACUGCCGGGCGAAAGUCAGCCAGCUCCAAUAGAGGCCGCAUAUCACCAAUCAGUAGUGGUUAGGCCAGAUGGUGAACUUCCUCAAUCUCUUCUGGUAUAGAUCAGUUGCUAACUCUUUUGCAGCUGGGUUCGGCUACAAUUGGUCUCAAGACCGCCUUCUUUGGAGGACCCUUCUGAAAAAGCCCACCAAAUGCCUCAACUGCAAUAGUGAGGAAGGAAAUAAUGCGCCCCCAUUUUACUUCCAAAUGCACGCCACCUUCUCACGGAAUAACCCAGUCACGAAAUCAUAUCCAUACAUGAGGAUCCAAUUGUCUGCACCUCUCGAGGUUCAAAACCUUCUUCCGUAUGACUUCAAGUUCCGCAUCUAUGACAAGUAUACCGGGAAAGAGUGGACAAAUUUCCUUCGCAAAGGUGGCUUGAGUCCAGUCCAUGUUAUCGAACUUUCACAUCUACUUCUCAUGAGUAUUGAAAUGCAAGAUACCGUUUAUAAGGCUAGUGACUUCGCUAUAAUCAAUUCCGAUAGCACAGAGUUUGAUAAGGAAACGACGCUGGUGGUAAAGGACAGCCAGGGCUUGGAAUUAAGACUUCAGUUACAUUACUUCCCGAUUGCUAACAGUGGUGGCGCCUUCCGAGCUGCCGUCUACAGUCCCUACGUAAUUCUGAACAAAACUGGGUUGACAAUGAUGGUUAAGUCUAAGUCUUUGCUACAAUCCGCAAAGGUUGCUGCUGGGCAGGUACAAACGAGUGAGGAAUCCCCGUUGGCAGUUAGCGACCUCAGCUAAUACAUUCAGGUGCAGGAUCUUCUCAGCGAGCUGUCCCGUACAUGUUUUCAUACCCGAACGAUGACCGGCAGAACCGUGCUGUUCUUAAAGUCGGAGAUUCGAUCUGGAGUAGACCUCACAGCUUUGAAGCGAUCGGAAACGUUGCAGACGUGGCCCUACCGUCCUCAACAAAGGAAACUGAGCUGCAUAUCGGAAUAUCAGUGGACGAAGGAGAAGGAAAGUACAAAAUGACGAAAACAGUUACUUUAGCACCUCGAUUUAUCCUUAAGAGCAAGUUGUCCGAAACCAUUCAGAUAAGAGAACCCGGUACCGGUUCAAAUAACAUCAUGACUAUAAACCCCGGAGAGUUGCUUCCCUUACAUUUUCUCAAGGCUUCCGAGCGCAAACAACUAACCCUACUCUUUCCUGGCAUCAAUAAUCGAUGGUCAUCGCCCUUUAAUAUCUCUGAUUUGGGAAGUGUGCACGUUAAGAUGCAUAAAGCUAAUCAGCGGCAAAGCCUUAUACGGAUAGAAAUUUUACAAGAGAAGGCCACUAUUUUCCUGCAUCUCAGUACCGAAAAGAGGAAUUGGCCAUUCUCUCUACGAAAUGAGAGUAGCCAGGAAUUUACUUUCUACCAAGCCGACCCCAACCAGGACGAUGAUGAAGAGAAGGAAAGCGAUUUCCGUCCAGUUUAUUACAAGCUUCCGCCCCGGAGCAUUAUGCCUUAUGCUUGGGAUUUCCCCGCUGCCAAGAGCAAAGAGCUUGUUCUAAUGGUUCACAACCAAAAACGGCAUGUUCGCCUUGCUGAGAUCGGUAAUUUGGUAAGUUCUCACCUUACUUUUGCACAGAUAGAUCCCGGGCUCUUAUUCGCCUCUAGGUUCCUUUCAAAGUGGAAACAGGCGUAAUUGGUGAGGAUGGAAACCCAACAAAGAAGAUAAUUGAGAUCAAUGUUCGAGCCGAUGGUCCCACACAAACCUUAGUCCUUUCUAACUACCGACCUUCCAAGAGUUUGUACAAGCCCAAGGCCAACACAUCGUCUAGUAGCGUUGCGACGAGCACUGGUUUUGAAGUCAAGGAUGAGGACAGUGACGUUACCUUUCAAGUCCAAAUCCGACUUGCUGGCAUCGGAAUCUCGCUCAUCAACAGACAGCUCAAGGAACUGGCUUACAUAACCUUCCGUGAUCUGGAGGUGAAAUACAAUGAGUCAUCCCUUCUUCAAACCCUCAACGUUCUUUUGAAGUGGAUUCAAAUCGACAAUCAGCUAUAUGGAGGACUUUUUCCCAUUAUUCUUUAUCCUAGUGUCGUACCGAAGACAGGUAAAGAAAUGGAUGUUCACCCCUCGCUUCAUGCAUCAAUCACUCGAGUAAAGGAUGACUGUAUGUUUACUAUGUUGUUCCAAAAUCCCAUUCCAUCGACUGCCACUAACAUAUUACAGCAUACGGCGUACUCUAUAUUAAAUACGCCACAUUCCUAUUGCAACAGAUGGCGCUUGAAAUCGAUGAGGACUUUAUAUAUGCCCUCCUUGACUUUUCCAAGAUCCCGGGUGCGAGCUGGAUGGAACCCGAUGACGGAAAAUUAUGCGACGAUGACUUAGACAUUCCAGAGCCGAAGACAGAUAGUGACGGGCAAGACAUGUACUUCGAGUUGCUAAACAUUCAACCCGCGCAGCUUGAUAUUUCACUACUUCGGACAGAAGUAGUCAACGUUGAGGACAAGACUUCAUCACGAAACCCCUUACUUUUUAUCUUAAACGUCUUCACAAUGGCGAUCGGAAAUAUCACUGAUGCGCCGGUGCGUCUAAACUCUUUAAUGUUGGAAAAUGCAAGGGUUUCAAUGCCAGUCCUUGCGCGGCACCUUCAGACCCAUUACAGCACCGAGUUCUUAUACCAAAUUCACAAGAUUCUGGGAUCGGCAGACUUUUUGGGCAACCCUGUUGGAUUGUUCAACAAUAUCAGUUCCGGCGUGUUGGACAUAUUUUACGAGCCCUACAACGGCUUCAUUAUGACGGAUCGUCCAACCGAGGUUGGUCUCGGGUUUGCCAAAGGUGCCACCAGUUUCGUCAAGAAGUCAGUAUUCGGGGUAUCUGACAGUCUAUCCAAGUUUACAGGCAGUAUGGCUAAAGGCAUGCAAUCAUAUUCCCCUGAAACACCUAUCUUCUAUGAAUACUAAUCGGUCACUCACAUACAGGCCUCGCUGCGGCAACCUUAGACAAACAGUUCCAGGAUCGUAGACGCAUUUCGCGAGCACGCAACCGCCCAAAACAUGCGUUAUAUGGUGUAACAUCUGGUGCUGGCUCACUCAUCACCAGCUUUGCCAGUGGCGUUGGUGGACUUGCUAAAAAGCCGCUAGAAGGUGCAGAGCGUGAAGGCGCUUUAGGGUUCUUCAAGGGACUUGGCAAGGGUGUCGUUGGUCUGGCGACCAAGCCUGCCAUUGGAGUCUUUGAUCUCGCUUCAAGUACGCGACCCCCUUGUAAUUUCAUCGCUGAGUACUAAUACCCGGGUGGCACAGAUGUCACCGAGGGUAUCCGUAACACAACGACCGUUUUUGACGCGGAAGGGCUCGACCGGGUUCGCCUCACACGAUACAUCGGCCAGGAUGGGGUUGUUAGACCAUACUCACAGCGUGAAGCAUUAGGCCAAUUUUGGUUGAAGCAGCUAGACAACGGAAAGUUCUUCGACGACGAAUACAUUGCUCACCUAGAACUCCCCGAGCAGGACCUAGUAGUAAUGUUGACAUAUUCGUGAGUUCCCCUUACAUUAUUCCGGUGAGAUCAAUACCAAUCCAGAGUUAGGCGAAUCAUGCUUUUCAAAGCUAAACGACUUCACUGCGAAUGGGACCUUCCUCUAAACGAACUCCAAACAAUUAGCAUGGAGAAAACAGGGAUAGCUUUAACGCUACGAGGUGGUCGGCAAGGCCCCUUCAUACCUACCAGGGAGGAGUCAUCACGGAAGUUUUUAUUCAAGAAAAUUGGGCUCGCUGUUAAUUCUUUCAAUAGUACAGCCGCAGUUUCUUGAAUAGUGCGGCGCAAGUUCAAAGGCUUUUCUUGAGAACAUCUUUCAGCCUUCUUUCUUUCAUUUUUCCUAGGGUGGCAUAUUCAACGCCUUAAUGAAUGCUUUCCAUUUUGUCUGAUUUUAUUCUGUCUGUUUUAUGAUACCUCGCUCUCAAAAGUACAUCAACACCUAGUUAUUCGAGUUUAAUUUUUUUUUCUAGCGUCGUAUAUUACACUAUAUUUACCUGCGGGUUACCAAAUACCUAAUUCUAGCGAGAUUUUUCGUAGC